CUUUUUGCUACUUUACAACAAAUUUACAACGAGUGGAAAGAAAGAAGAGCUUUUGAUAGAGAGAGAAGAAAAACGACAAUCAUUAUCAUAAUCAAUCAGAUCAGAAAAAAUGGACGGCGGAGGAGCAGUGGACGGUGGCGGUGGUGUGCCAAGUCAUCCUGGCGGAGGAGACGCCGUGAUGACGGAGGCUCAGCCGGAGUCUCAGAACUCGAUGAUGCCGAUGUCGGCGAUGGCGACGACGACGGAGAACAUAUCGGCGACGUUGAGUCACGGGGGGAGGUUUAUUCAGUACAGUAUCUUCGGUAACAUCUUCGAAGUCACCGCCAAGUAUAAGCCUCCCAUUCUGCCGAUCGGCAACGGCGCUCACGGCAUCGUUUGCUCGGCCUUGAAUUCGGAGACGAAUGAGCACGUGGCGUUGAAGAAGAUUGCGAAUGCGUUCGAUAACAAGAUCGAUGCGAAGAGGACUCUACGUGAGAUCAAGCUGCUUCGUCAUAUGGAUCAUGAAAAUCAUUAUAGUACAAUAUGUAUCCAGCACUUUCUGCACUAACUCUUGCCAUCUUCCAAGAAAUUGCUCCUUUGCCAGACUCCUCUUGGAUACGAAUUCGUUGGUAAUUUUUUUAUCUAAAUAUUUUAGAUCAACUUCUUAUUUGUUAUGGCAACUUGUUUAAAUUAUUUGAUCUAAAUAGUUGCAAGUUGUAUUAUGUUGUGAUAUAUCAUCUAUUAGUUGAGAUGUCUUUUUGUGCAUGGUUGCUAGUUUUGUAUUGGUGUAGUUGGGAUGAUCAUGUAUCGUUGGAUACAUGUGUCUAUAUACUAUAUGGUAAGUUUUGUAUUGACUCUAUUAGUAUGUAUAGUCUAAGAGCAUUCACAUCAGC